GCAAAUUGGAACAACAUGAGACAUCUGCAACUCUUCGUGCUCGCUCUUCUCCUGGCCCUGUUCAGCCAAUCUAGUGCUGCCUCCACAGGAGUGAGCAAACCCACUGGACAGCCAGGUUGUCAGACAGAGGACGAAAUCUCCGUGGCCUUCUACCGCCACUUUUACCUCAAGAACUAUUAUUGGGUAUGCGAGACUCAGGGAGUUCCCGCCACACUGGCCGUCUGUCCUGUCCCAAGUGCUUGGUUGGAUGAUUUGAAGGCCUGUGUGCCGUGGGCUCAAUGGUACUGGUCACCCACCGAGCUGCCCCCAAGUGAACCAAACCCUGCGGUAGCCUAAGGGCCUCAAAAUAACCUGUUGCUGUAACAAUAAAACGACCAAAUCGCAUAAACUUAAUUGGUAACGAUAACCCGAAAAGUGAAACAUUUUGUGAAGUUCCAUUCUGAAAUAUAUGAUGGAAAUAAGUAUAUGUAUGUGUACGACAAUUUUUGGAAAAUAAAUAUAUUUCAAAUGAGAAAAAAA